UCAGAGUUGUUUUGCGAACUUUCAACAUUCUACUAUUAAACUACAAAAAAAAAGGAAGAUUUUGCAACGAAUAUAAAACUUAUAUUGAGCGUCGAAAGAUUUUCCCGGUUUUUUCCCGAUUCGCCUUUCAAUCCCUAAUCGCCCCAUUUUACCGGUACUUUAUUUGUAUUAAAUUUCACAUUGAGUGUUCAUAGUCCACAAAAAAUAGUAAUUCGUCGAAAGAUUUACGAAGGAAGAAGCUGUCCCAUUGUCUCGUGGCCCCUUUACGAGCUCUGUUUUGUGACGCUGUUAUUGUUUGCGGUUGAUAAACAUCUCGCCACUAGGUAGUUAUAGGAUUCCUUCGCAGGAUGGAGCUAAUUCAUAAACAAGUACCGAUGUUAAGAGACUUGGCAUUGAAUCCGGUCUUCUCUUUUAAACAAGAUUUGAAGUUGAUAGCGGUGAUUGAUAAAUUAGCGGUCGAUGGGAGAUGCGAUAUGACUGAAAAUAAAAAUGUUCUAACGUUACCUGAACGUAAAUUAGGAUUCUCUGAAGUGCAGCGAAUGCUGAAAGGAUGCUGCGAGGAUAAAGCAUUUCAGAAACUCGACAUUAAGUUAGACGAAAAACAUUCCAUACGAAAAUCUUUAAUUAAAAAGGUGGAAGAAAUUCUAAACGGCAUCAACGAGGACGCUGAAAAUGGGAAUGUACCAAAACUAGUUAUCAGGAAUCAAAGACUUUGGAGUAAUUGUGUUUAUGAUUUAGACCGAGUGACAUUAAAAUGUUUCAAUGAAGCAAAGACAUCAACAAUAACUUACUCUAGCUCAGAAGACAAAACUAGAUUUAACACGAUCGUGUUUGUAUUGACUAAAGUACACGAAUUGUUAAUUAAAAACCUAACAGUAACUAGAAGGGAAUUAUUCUAUCAAAAUGUGAUAAGACUGCGCAAUCAAGCGAACCUUGACGUCGCAGUCAGAGAUGUCUGUUGUUUGUUGGACACUCCGCCAUGGAAUCUUGGUAUUGUAGCAACUGCUAAAGGCUUGAUAGCUGGACCUCUUACUAUUAAACAUAGGGACGGAUCUGUGACAGACUGCAUGGCUUCAAGCGGGGUCCUAAUUCCGCAAGACGUGAACGGAAUAACAGAAUUUCAGUCGACAGCAAAGUACAUUUUGGUUGUGGAGAAGGAUGCCAUAUUUCAAAAGUUACUCGAUGAAGGAGCUUUGAUCAGACUAGGUCCUGUUAUUAUACUUACGGGUAAGGGUUAUCCGGACGUUUGUACUAGACAGUUGUUGUGUCGUCUAUGCAAGGAAUUGCGUUUGAGGGCCCUGGCUCUUGUGGACGCAGAUCCCCACGGCUAUGAGAUAUUCCUCACAUAUAAAUACGGUUCAUUGGCACAGUCGCAUCUCUCGUCUUCUCUAGCCUGUAGUUCUAUAGUAAUGCUUGGGGCUCGUCACCAUGACGCCAUGACUCUCGCUCCUACUGAAGCGCGAUUGGCACUCACUGAACGCGAUAAAAGAAAACUAUUAUCUUUAUUGAAAAGACCUUAUUUGGAUAAUAGUAACGGAGGUCGUAUUAGGGAAGAGUUACAAGUAAUGCUAUCUAGCGGUACAAAGGCGGAAAUAGAAGCACUCGCUCCGAACAGUGGCGAGCUCUGUGACGCUUACUUACCUGCUAAACUUAUACAAGGAGAUUAUUUGCGAUAAAAAGUUACCUUAAACUUUUGUUUAUAAUGUUUAUAAUCUUUAAAUGUAAUUCUGAUUAAAAACUAUUUUUGUUAUUAAUAAAGUAUCACUUCGUACUAAAUUAUGCAGAGUUGUACGGUAUCAAUGUGGCGCCAUCUCUUAGUGCGGACAAAAUUUCUUUAAGUGUGCCCUUUUGAAGUUUGCAAGUAAAAAAUCUAGAUGGCGCCAGACUGUAUCCAGUGACAGUUAUCGUUAAAGUUCAAUGGAAAAUUGACAUUUGACAUCAAACCAAAAUUUGUGGUGAUUUAUUUAUUGAAAUUCGAAAAUGUACUAAAUACUGCAUGAAGCAUGCUUCAUUACUUAUCGCUAGGUAAUGUGCGACGCAACUUUGUUACUUAACAAUACAAUAUCUAUAUGAAAUAGAUAUGGAGAAUCAAACCUUGAACAACGAAAAGAGGUUCAUCAAUAAGGCAAGGUCACAUAAUACUGGACCGUCUCAGUUUGUUAGGAACGAACCAGUGAAGCGCAAAUCCGUGUUACUGAACGAAACCAUUAACUCCUUGGACUUGGCAUUCGGAAGACUGAAGAAAUGUAGACUAUCGAAUGGAGUGGGCCGUGCGAGUACUCCAGGAAGUCCUACAAUACGUCAUCGUAAUGAUAUUUUAAUGAACUCGAGUCGCGCUUCCACAUUCAGCCACGGAUUAGACAAUAUAUCUUUAAUGUCAAUGAACUUCUCGCAUUACGAACUAAUGCGGAAUUUAUCACAAGCGAAUUCUAAUUCAGAUGGUACAUUUAGUGGAAGUAAUUGUAAUACCGCAACGCGGCCUGUCGAUCUGAACGAAAAAAACGAACACUUGGAGAGAUAUUUCCGUAGUGCGGAAAUAUGGAGCGAUCGGAACUGCGGAUCUAGUGGAUUAUUCUUUUUCGACGCAAAAAAAUAGUUUCCGUGUCCACAAAUGAAAAGUCGAGAUGAACGAUUAUGUAAAUUUCAAAAUUUUAUUUAAUCCAAAGAAAAUUUACAUUAACAUAAUGAUAUAAGAAUUUACAAAUCAAAUAUACCAAUCUAUACAACACUGUAACUCUUAGAGACGAUAAGAUUUAUAACACUCAUUAACAAUACAUAACAUAGAAUUUAGAUAUUUCUUUCUCUAGGGCCAUCGAAUAAAUCACCGGAUACAACAAA